AUGAACCCAAUGGCCAAUCAAUCCGCGCCUUCGGCCUUGUGGCAGGAGGCGCGCAACACCGAUGGCAGAGUCUACUAUUACAAUGUUCAGACAAAGGUGACCCAGUGGAACAAGCCCGUGGAACUGAUGACCCCGGUCGAGCGCGCUUUAUCGGAUCAGCCAUGGAAGGAGUACACGGCCGAGGGUGGUCGCAAGUACUGGUACAACACGGAGUCGAAGCAGAGCACAUGGGAGAUGCCCGACGUUUACAAGAAUGCUCUGGCACAGGCCCCUGCUCCCCAGGCGGCCCCAGUCGCGUUCGAGCUCUUUCCCCCUGCCCAGCAGCGUGAUCGUGACGAGUAUGACCGCGGAUACGACCGUCGUGGCAGAUAUGGAGACACCAACGGAAUGGUAGCAGCGCCGAAUUUGGGUACUCAGAACGAACCCGCAUACAACUCCAUCGAAGAGGCGGAAAGUGCAUUUAUGAAGAUGCUCCGGCGGCACAACGUGCAGCCCGAAUGGACAUGGGAGCAGACCAUGAGAGAAACGAUCAAGGACCCACAGUACCGCGCGCUCCGAGACCCGCGAGACCGCAAGGCAGCCUUUGAGAAAUAUGCGGUCGAGGUUCGCUUGCAGGAAAAGGACCGGGCGAAAGAGAGAUUCGCUAAGCUGCGCGCAGAUUUCAAUACUAUGCUGAAGCGGCAUCCUGAAAUCAAGCACUACAGUCGCUGGAAGACUAUUCGGCCCAUUGUCGAGGGGGAAACUACCUUCCGAGCCACCAACGACGAGAACGAAAGGCGCCAGCUCUUCGAAGAGUACGUUAUUGAGCUCAAGAAGGCCCAUGUCGAGAAAGAAGCUGCGACCCGCAAGGCGGCCAUGGACGAGCUGGUGAACAUCUUGAACUCGUUGGAUCUCGAGCCGUACACGCGCUGGUCGGAAGCUCAGGCAAUCAUCCAGUCCAAUGACAAGGUUCAGGGCGACGAUAAGUUCAGAACCUUGAGCAAGUCUGAUAUUUUAACCGCUUUUGAAAACCAUAUCAAGUCCCUGGAACGUACCUUUAACGAUGCGCGUCAGCAACAAAAGGCUGUCAAGGCCCGGAAAGAACGUCGGAAUCGGGAGCAGUAUCUGGAGCUACUGAAGGAGCUCAAGUCGCAGGGUAAGAUCAAGGCCGGCACGAAGUGGAUGACUAUCUGUCCGAUUAUCCAGCAGGAUCCCCGGUAUCAAGCAAUCUUGGGACAGCCCGGAUCGACACCUCUUGAACUGUUCUGGGACAUGGUCGAGGAAGAGGAGCGCUCACUUCGUGGUCCUCGGAACGACGUUCUUGAUGUUCUGGACGACAAACGAUUCGAAGUCACACCCAAAACCACGUUCGAGGAAUUUAAUUCAAUCAUGACCGCUGACCGCCGCACCUCCAAGAUCGACCCUGACAUACUCGAGCUCAUCUUCCAGCGCGUUCAAGAGAAAGCAAUUCGACGAACGGAAGAGGAGAAGCAUGCGGCCGACCGUCAUCAACGUCGCGCAGUCGAUGCUCUUCGCUCUCGCAUCAAACGCCUGGAACCGCCCGUGCUUGUCACAGACACCUGGGAAGAAGUGCAACCUCGCCUCGAAAAGUACGAGGAGUACAAGGCGCUGGAAUCCGAUGAGCUGCGCUUGUCCGCAUUCGAAAAGAUCAUUCGCCGCCUGAAGGAGAAAGAAGAGGAUGCAGACCGAGACCGUGGCAGCCGCCGAGACUACGACCGCGAAGAGCGUGACCGCCGCCGCGAACGCCACGCCACCGGCAGCCGCAUGAGCCGCACCCCUGAACCGGAUGCGUACGAGGCAGACCGUCGCAAGGCCAUGGCAGACCGCGAACGAUCCUAUCGCAAAACCAGCGGCUUCUCCCCGUCGCGAGACCGUGAUCGAGACCGCUACCGAAAGCGGGAGAGAGACCGAGACGACCGUAGCUACCGCCGUGACUACGACCGGCGCGAGGACGAGCGCGAGCGCUUGUACCGGGCCCGUGGCGACCCGCGCGGAAGCCGUGACGAGCUCGACUAUGGUGAUACGCGCAGCACAACGAGUACGGAUCGCCGGCGCCGGCGCGACAGUGAUUCGGAGAGCGUGGCUAGUCGGUCGACGAAGCGGUACCGUCGCGAUAGUCGCGAGCGUGACCGCAGCAGGGGCGCGAAGAGAGAUCGGGACCGUGAGCGUCCUCGGGAACGCACUCCCGCUACUCCUACUGCUGCUGCGGAGGAAGCCAAGAAGGAAGAGAAGGCUAUUCAUUCUGGUAGUGAGGAAGGGGAGAUUGAGGAGGAAGAAUAG